AUGACCACGUGGCGUCAUUGCUUUCGCACGGGUCUCGAAUUUUGCAGUACAUGUCAGGCGCCAAAGGCGUGCGCGAGCCGCAGCGCGAUUGCGCUGAGGGCCAGCCAGGCUGUGCCCACGAACUUCGGCGCAUCUAUCAUCUGACGCUCACCUCUCCACCAUCCAUCUCGACAUCAAGAUUUCAAGAUGUACGUGUAAUGCCUGUGAAAAUACGUCUACCUUAUAAGAUCUUGCUCACGGUAUACUGACCAUGUUUCGUCUCUUUUUCCUUCGGCCUUGCGCUCUCUUACCCCCGACCAACGAUGAUCAUCCCAUGGUUUUGCGAUGCGCUACGACUCCCACCUUUCACGCCGCGCGCAAUGGUCUCUUUUGCUGCUGGGACGCGUUCACUCAUGGUGGGAAUGCUCGGAACAUCCUGGCUUUUGUUGAUCUCGAUGCGGUGUGAAUAGGCCGUCCAGACUCAGCAAGAACAGAAAGCUCCGUGGACACGUCUCCGGCGGUCACGGUCGUGUCGGUGAGUGAUGCGUCAUAACCAUGAAGGAAAUGCUGGGGUGACUGUCAGGUCAAACAUUGGAAGAAGGUCCUCUGCGCUGGAGGAGCCGAAGAGAGAGACUCAGGGAAAGAGGCAUGUGGACUGCGAGCCGGGCUUGGACGAACGCGGAGGUGGUCAGUCAUUGUUCUCGCGUGAAGUACCCCCCUUGCGAAUCAGUGUGUAGGACGCUCGGCGACAGGAAAGGAGUGCGAAAUCCUUCGUGGAGAAAGUCCAAUUCAGUCUAUCUCACACUUUCCUCGUGUCCGAUAUACAGGCAAGCACCGCAAGCAUCCGGGAGGUCGUGGUCUUGCUGGUGGUCAACACCACCACCGAACCAACUUUGACAAGUACCACCCCGGUUACUUCGGAAAGGUCGGCAUGCGUCACUUCCACUUGACCAGAAACAGUUACUACAGACCAGUUGUCAACCUGGACAAGCUCUGGACUCUCGUCCCUGCUGAGCAACGCAAGGGCUUGACCUCGAGCUCCACUGAGGUUCCCGUCAUUGACACUCUGGCAGCUGGCUACGGCAAGGUCCUCGGCAAGGGCAGAUUGCCUCAACUUCCCUUCAUCGUCAAGGCACGUUGGGUGUCAGAAUUGGCAGAGAAGAAGAUCAAGGAGGCUGGUGGUGUUGUCAAGGUGAGCACCCCGCUCUGUCGCCAUGAUCCGCUCCAUUGCUGACACUUCUCCCUUUAUCAUCCUGAACAGCUCAUCGCAUAA